AUGGGAUUUCAUAAAAUUGAUCCUGAAAGAUGGGAAUUCGCCAAUGAUGAUUUUGUGAAAGAUCAAAAGCAUCUUCUUAAGAAUAUACACCGUAGAAAACCCAUUCACAGCCAUAGUCAGCCUCAAGGUUCUACAGUCGAUCCAGAGAGAGCAGCAUUUGAGGAAGAAAUCGAUAGGCUUUCCCGUGACAAGACUGCACUUGAGGCCAGUAUCUUGAAAUUUAAACAGCAGCAUUCUGCUGCAACGCCGCAGUUGGAAGACCUAACUCGGCGAGUAGGCAGUAUGGAGCAGAGACAGAUGCGUUUGCUAACCACCUUAGAAAAGGCAAUGCAGAAUCAGGAUUUUAUUGAACAUCUUGCUCAGAAACUUGAAUCUAUGGAUUUUUUGGCAUAUAAUAAGAAAAGGAGAUUGCCUCAGGUUGAUCACUCUCAACCAGUUCAAGAAAAUAGUUUUGUGGACAAUCAUAGCAGCUCUAGAUCUGAGUUUGGGAAUGUUUUCCACCAAGAUUUUUCCAGUAAGCUUAGGCUAGAAUUGUCACCAGCAGUCUCAGAUAUUAACUUGGUUUCACAUAGCACGCAGAGUUCUAAUGAAGAUGGAGGAAGUCCAAAUAGAAGAAUAUCUGAAGGAUGCCCAAAAGACGGACACUUGAGAACUGGUGGGCUUUUGUUUGCCCCUGAAGCUUUAGAGUUAUCAGAUACUGGGGCAUCUUUUUCUUUGAAGAUGGAUUCAUCUUUGUCACGUAAAGCAGAAGUCUGUGAAACCCCGGGACUACAUUCAUUGCAGCGAAGCUUGACUUCUCAUGAAGAAGGCGAUGGUCCCCUCUCCUGCCAUUUAAAUCUUACUCUGGCAUCAUCUUCUUUGCAAGUCAACACAAGUCAAUAUUCAACUAUGCCUCAACUUCCUCAAGAAAUUGGUAAAUCUACAGGUUCAAGGUUUAUUAUCACCAAUAAUGAGGCUGACCAUAGGAUUUCACCAAAAGAUGGAACCUACUGUGAUGGUGAUGGGACUUUGUCUUCCUCGCAAGAGGCACUGAUUAACAAUCAAAGGCCUGCAACCUCUCAGGCCCGGGUGAAUGAUGUAUUCUGGGAACAGUUCCUGACUGAAAGACCAGGCUCUUCAGACACUGAAGAGGCAUGCUCUAAUUACAGGGCAAACCCCUAUGACGAGCGUGAAGACAGGAGAUCAGGCCAUGGCAUGUCCAGAACUGCAAAGAAUGUGGAGCAGCUUACCCUUUAA